AUGAUAUUUGUGUCCUGGUCAGAUCAGAACAACAUUCUUAUCUACAGGACGUUUGAAGACUUUAAGAAAUUCCAUAAAGAGCUGAAGAGAAAAUUCCCCACUGAGAGUGGGUCACUGAGGAGUUUGCCCAGGUUUAAAGGAAUAACUAUGCAGCAGAAAAAGGGUGGGAAGCUGAACAGGUGCCUGGAGAUCCUGAAACUGCUGGAAACGUAUUCCCAGGAGCUGCUGAAAACAGAUGUGAAAAUCUCCCGGGGUGAAGAGGUGAAUCAGUUUUUCAAGGCACAGACUCAAGACCUCGAUCCCUCCUUCCCUGAAAACAGUGUGGUGAUCAUGCCAUCAGUGUUCAGAAGGGAGAAGAGCCCCCAGCCCCUCUCCAUCACCCUCCCUCAGGCGUCGCAGAGCUACCGCUGCAUCGAGGCCUUUGAAACCAAAGACACAAAGAACAAACCCUUCACAGUGGCUCAGAAGGAGAUUGUGGAAGUGCUCAUCAAGGACAUGACUGGCUGGUGGCUGGUGGAGAAUGCAGACAAACAGAUAGCCUGGUUCCCAGCCUCGUACCUGGAAGAGCUUGAUGCCUGUGAGGACAUCCAGAAUGCCUUCAGCUCGGACGAGGAGGGCAGCCUGUACUUUGUGGUGCAGGCCUACGAGGCUCAGAAGGCAGACGAGCUCUCGCUGAACCAGGGGGUGGUCGUGGAGGUGCUCAGGACAUCCCACAACGGCUGGUGGCUGAUCCGGUACAACGGCUGCACCGGCUACAUGCCCUCGCUGUGCCUCCGGCCCUACCAGAACCCUCACCACAAGCUGCAGACCAUGCUGAGCUGCGGCCUCCCCGCCUGCACCCCGGGCCUCAGCUCCCCUCAGCCGCGGGGCCCGGCCCGGGCGGAGCACGGCGGCUCUCCCAGCAGCAGAUCCCGCUCUCUGCCGCGGGCCAGCUCCACCCCGGAGCUGGAUUUGGGUUCGGACAGCUCCUCGCUGAGCUCGGCGAGCAGCAGCGCCUGGAAAACCGACUUGUCUCGGUCCCUGCCCGAGGUGGAGCCGGCCAAGAGCUCUCCUGGCCCGAGCCGCGGGCCGGCCACGCACAGCGGCAAAUCCCCACACCUCAGCGCCAGGGACAGGAACGACUCCGGCUUCGUGGAGUCCUCCGCAGCCGAGCUGCCCCUCGCCGACCCUGGGCUGGCCGCGGGUGUCCCCAAGGUGCCAGCCCGUCCCUCCGCCCAGGAGAUCCUGCAGCGGUGCAGCACCGUCACCAAGCGCGCCGUGCAGCAGUCGGCUCCCCGGCCGGCCCUGCCGCUCCCCAGCCGGCAUUAG